GCAGUGACACGCAAUUUGGAUCCCGAUGAACAUGGAGGCCUAGUACAAGUAGUAGGGAACAACUACAAGGGAGAUGGACACGACGUCCCACACGACCUUCCACGUCAACGCCGCGUCGUUGCUGCCGUGACGACAACUCCUAAGCGACUGUCACUGUUGAAACCAUGCCUAGAUUCUCUCUUACUACAACAGUCACGACCGCUAGACGCGGUGUAUGUGUUUAUACCUUGGAGGUUUAACAGAAACGCGGGGCAGAAGUACGAGCUUCCAGAGUGGCUGGGAGAAUUGACAGGGAUUGGAAAGGAAGAAUUCGAUGUCCACGAAAGGUCCAC